CCAUUGUGGCUGUCGGUGUGUCGCAGGGGACAGCGAUAGACAGCGCACUCGGACACUCCUCUUCGUCAGUGGCGCAGUUUUCAGACUCACCUGUAAACAUGUCGAUAUUCACUCCAACGAAUCAAAUACGACUCACGAAUGUGGCGGUGGUGAGGAUGAAGAAAGGAGGGAAGCGCUUUGAAAUCGCCUGUUACAAGAAUAAAGUAAUGAGCUGGAGAUCAGGAGCAGAGAAAGAUCUGGAUGAGGUUCUGCAGACUCAGUCCGUUUUCGUCAAUGUGUCCAAGGGUCAGGUGGCGAAGAAGGACGAUCUGACCAAAGCUUUUGGGACAGAUGAUCUGACAGACAUUUGCAAACAGAUCCUGGCCAAAGGAGAGCUCCAAGUGUCAGACAAGGAGAGGCACAGUCAGCUGGAGACCAUGUUCAGGGACAUUGCAACUAUAGUGGCAGAGAAGUGCGUCAACCCAGAGACUAAGAGGCCCUACACAGUCAUUCUGAUUGAGCGGGCGAUGAAGGACAUCCACUACUCUGUCAAGGCCAAUAAGAGCACGAAGCAGCAGGCUCUGGAGGUGAUCAGGCAGUUGAAGGAGACCAUGGACAUCCAGAGAGCCCACAUGAGGCUGCGGUUGGUGCUGCCAGCCAAAGAGGCCAAGAGGCUGAAGGAGAAGCUGAAGCCGCUCCUGCAGGUCGUGGAGAGUGAAGACUUUGUCGAGGAGCUGGAAAUGGUGUGUCUGGUGGAUCCCGGCUGCUACAGGGAGAUGGAUGAGCUGAUCCGCUGUGAGACUAAAGGCCGCGGCUCUCUAGAGGUUCUCAGUCUGAAGGAUGUGGAGGAGGGAGAAGAGAAAUUAUAGGAAACCAACCAGUCAGGAUUCUGCACCUUAUCCACACUAACAUGCUUCACUGCAGCACACAAACUCCUUAAAGAGAAUAUAUUUAAGAUCAGAUUCACAGUGUUUUGUUUCAUUUGCAUUUCUACUGGAAUGUAUUUGAAAAUACAUAAAUUACAGGUCAGUAAAAAUCUGACUGCUUACAUUGAAUUAUUUUUUUAUUUUAUUAUUUUCCUUGUCUACUACAUUAUUGUUUCUGCCUUUCAUCAGACUUUGCGUGCCAUGUAGACAUGCUCAUAUCCCAAUUAUAUGGAUAAUUACAUUAACCCAAUAAUUAAUAUUUUGUCAUAAGAAAUGAGUUGCUCUGUAGCAAAUAAAUAUUUAACAAGAA